AUGUCGCUCGUCAACCUCGCACAUGUCUGCUCGCACAUGCAAAACGCCUCAAAAGCCCGGCUCGGCCUGACGUCAAUACCCGUCUCCAAGAUGCACGUCAAGGUUGCCCUCGGUCUACAGCGCGAAGGCUUUCUCUCCUCUGUAACACUCGGCGGCCCAACCCCACCAAAGCCCUUCCUCCUACAAGCACAACAAGACCCCGAACAAUUAGACAUAAUGGCGCGGAAGCUGCAAGAAGAGCCAUGGCUGGCCUACCCCAUUGACGUGCCGGAGGGCAAGAAAGUAAAGGCGCCACUAGGCCAGGAACAGGUGCACGACAUACACGUUCCAGAGAACCCGGCGCGGAGGCGGUUAUGGUUGGGACUGAAGUACUGGCAGAACGAGCCGGUGCUGAAGAACAUGAAGCUAAUUUCCAAGCCCACACGGCGGAUAUGGCUGACGAGCAUGGACUUGGCCAAGAUUACGAGGUCGCGCGAAGCGAGCUACGUGAAGGGAUUGACGCACCCUGGAGAGUGCAUGUUCCUCACGACGGAUCGGGGGGUGAUAGAGGCACGAGAGUGCGUGGAGCGGCAAUUGGGCGGCAUGGCACUUUUCAGGGUGUGGUAGUGCAACACGAUGAGACAGUGUCGACUUGAUGGAAUGGAGAUGGCUGCAGCGUUGCAUUGCCAUGUUAUUGUAAAGACACCACUGUAUCAGUACCAUGGCGGGGUGGAAUUGCUUAUACGGAACCUCUCAUGGGAGUUAUGCGCCUCGCAUUUUGUAGCAAUAUCAAACUCACAUACACA